AUAGCAGACUACAUAAAUAUCUAUUUAUUUUUAUUUUAUUUUUUAUAUUUAUUUCGAUAGUUGAGAUGAGCCCGACCACUUCUCAAUCAUCCGCGCACCACGUCCUCUCUCCCAGUUCGGCCAGCCGUUCCUCCUUCUCACAUAAUAACCCCUUUCGUCCCCGUCGGUCCACCUCUGCAGCCUCCCUCCAGCGACCCUUCCAAUCCGCCUCCGGACCACCCUCACACCCUCCGGCUCACAGUAACCCUGCUCCCGCCAUCAAACGGCUCGGCAGCAAGCUAUUCCAUCGGAGACCCUCCCUCUCCCUCUCCUCCUCCUCAACCGGCCAACUCACCACUGCAACCUCACUCUCACCACCCACCUCAGAACGACCGCUAUCCUCACAACCCGAUUCAAACCCACACGCCCGCCAGCCCAACUAUCCACAAUUGAUAUCGCGUCAGCCUAACAACAAUCAAUCCCACGAGUCAUGCCAUUCAACUGGACACUCGGCCCGUCGCUCUAGCAUAAGCCUUCGCUCCUCCAUCCUCGGAAUUACCAAUCUAUCCACAAAGUCGCUCUCAUCACUCUCCAGGAUCGGUAACCUCAAUAGGUCUAACAAGCAUUCGAGCUCUGCGAUGGACGACGAUCAGGAAUACUAUCAAACCCUCUCCCAACCAUCCACCCCGAGCAUGAAGGGGCAGUAUAUCUCACAAGCCGCUUCCAACCUCAUCCAAACACCCGCCACUCCAGUUACUCCACUCGAGAAACCUGAGUUUCAGACUGAAUACGCACGCCAACUCUUCCGGGGUACUACCGAUCAUCGCAGCUAUCAUACGCACGAGGAUGAGGAUGAGGAACUGGCAGCCGCUUCAUCUGGCUCUGAUUUCGAAGCGGAGCAUCGCCGUCACGGACUGACCUCUGGUACUGUUGCUUCCCGUGGCUCUACCAGCUCACUCAGUCGCGCCAAUAAUGCCAACACAAACCUCACAGAUGGCUCUCAUGAAUGCACCUCCGAACAUUCUCAUCAAUCCCCACAUCUCGCUCCUCGACAGAUGCUCCCCAAGUCGCGUUCUUCCGUCCUCUUUGCACAUCCCCGUCCCAACUCUCCCACAUACCAACCCUACCCAAGCUCCUCUCAUACCCCGGCCGUCAGCUCUGUUCUCAACUCUCGCGCCCCUCGUCCCAACUCCAACUUUCGCUCCAGUGUUCGGCGGAAGGUUGACGGCCUAAAGGUUGGGAUAACUAAAUUGAGACCCUCACGGAUUCCGGUCGAUGAAGCCAAUUGCUUGGCAUCUGAAGAAGCCUCGAGUACCUCUGGAAAAGAUUAUAUGAACUCAAUAGGCUCGAACGAGACAGCCAGAUCUCAACGCGCACUCUCCAUCGCGUCUUACCGAGCGGGAAACGCCGUCAAGGAUCCUUCAUCCCAAGUUUCACCUGGCAGCAGCAAUCCUUCGAUGCCAAGCUUGCCGGUCCGUAGUCCUGCAGGAGAUACCCCCGGUCUUGAUGGUCUCCAUCAACCAACGUCCGCCACCCGCAGCUCUCAGUCCUCUGCCCUCAACAGUCAGAACGCACAUCCGAGAUCUAUGAGCAGACACAGUCAGCAUCAAUCUGGUUCAAUAGGUACGAGAGAAAACGAAGCUGUUGUGUCAGGGCGACCGGGAUCGAUCAAUGGCUCGAUUCACUCCCAAAUAUGCCCACCUGGCUCCCAGCGUUUACGACCUGGACGAGUGCCCUUCCAGUCUCUUGACUUACCAUCCGACUCUUACUGUCAAAUCACAUCACCAACACAACCUGGAAGUCAGCCUCCUUCACGUUCAAGUCACUGCCCCAGUGGGUCACUCGACGUGAAGAAAAGCCCAAUCGAAGCGCUUAACGCUGCGGACCCAGAGCCUACUCUAGAGGUUGGGCCGAACCCAGAGGGUGGUCCGCCGGCCCCACCACCCAGCAGCUUUGCCCGCCGGCGUUCUCCCAUCAUUCACGAAUCUUCCAAUGAUCUUCGUCGUCAGAUUGCUCGUGAGGUCAACGGCCAAGGGCCAUUUGUAGCGCAACGCGCAUACUCCGAUACCCGACUGCCUCAAUCCUCCGUCACCCCAUCAACUUCACGUGCCAUCGCUGGAGGCACGUUCAAUCAAUCGCGAAAUUCGAUUCACCGGCAGCUUAGUGUGCGUGAACCCGACCUCAAGUCAACAUCAACAUCCAAUCAGCACCCACAUCAGAGCGCCUCCUCAUACCACCAGCAGCAACAGCAUUAUCUCCAGCCCCAGAAUCUUCAUUCCAAUCAGAAAACUCCACAGUGGCCCCAUAAUCAUCUUUACUCGUCAGCUCAACCGGCUAACGGCCAUCAACAGGACUAUCUGCAUCCUGGAAUUCCUGCAACGCCCUGCAACAAUUCUCAGCAGCCAGCUCAUAGAUACGAGACCCCUAGUCUCAAUCACCAAUGUUCAUUAUCUGCCCUGAGUACCGCUGUCCCGCAACGACAACGACAAGAGCGCCGGCCACCGCCACCUGUCCAUUCACCGUCACAGGAUGAGGAUGGUGACAGCGACGAUGAUGACGACGACGAUCAAAUUGUUUGCCAACCCCGCCCGGCAUCCCGGACCCAUAGUCAGCUCCCAGCGAGUGAGAAGAGAUUCUACGUGCACGAGGACCAGGAUGGAUAUAAUAAUAAUAAUAAUAAUAAUAAUAACAAUCAUCACCAUCAUCAACGCCAAGUGCCUCUCAAUGACGAACGAAACUGGCAAACACGGAAGCCCGUUGGGCACAACCGGAUCGAUAGAAACCUGAUUAUUGUCAACGGGAUUGAGUAUUCUCGACAGUGCGUGAUCGGUCGUGGUGGAAGCUCGAAAGUCUUCCGGGCCGGGAUGACAGACGGGAGUCCGAAGAUGGUGGCCAUCAAGGUGGUCGGGCUGAAGCAGGCCGAUGAACAGACCUACCAGACCUUUUGUAAUGAAAUCGCGCUCCUCGAGCGGCUUAAAGGUCAUGAUCGGAUCAUCAAUCUCAUCGACUCCUCGAUGGAUAAUCUCCAGCGUAAGGUCUGGUUGGUCAUGGAGCUGGGUGAGACAGAUUUGAAUCAACUGCUUAAUCGCCAGAUGGGAAAGCCCAUCAGUUUCCGGUUCAUCAAGCACAUAUGGGAACAGAUGCUUGAGGCGGUCCAAGCUGUUCAUAAUCAGGACAUUAUUCAUACAGAUUUGAAGCCAGCGAAUUUCGUUCUAGUUCAAGGAUCUGUGAAGAUUAUUGAUUUCGGGAUUGCCAAGGCUGUACCUGCGGACACGGCGAAUAUCAGUCGAGAGACGCAGAUCGGCACGGCAAACUACAUGUCGCCGGAAGCGUUGAUGAUGCAACAGUCAUCGCAUGGCGACCAUCAAACGGUCAAGAUGGGUAGGCCGACAGAUGUGUGGGCCUUGGGAUGUAUCCUCUACCAGAUGAUCUACGGCCACACCCCGUUCUCAAAAUUAGAUACCACUCUCAAGGUCCACACCAUCCGAGACCCUGGUCAUAAAAUCGAAUAUCCCGAGUCGGUCGUCCCCAUGAGGAUCAAUUCUGAGGGUAAAAAGGUCGCCGUGGAAGAGUAUCAAGUGACCGUUGAGAGGGCAGCUAUCAAUACCAUUAAGGCUUGCUUGACUUAUCAUAAGGAUCUCAGACCGACCAUACCCGAGCUAUUGAAGGAUGAAUUCUUGUUGGGUUCAUUGGCUGCUACUCCACCCUCGAAAAUCAACCCGGAUGGAGCAAUGACCCUCCGACCGGGGAUGUUUGAGUUAGUGAUCCAAAAGUCCUGGGAUUGGUAUGCUCGAAAGACGGCCAACGGGGGCCGACUGACGGAGAACCAGAAAAAGAAAUUCCUACACGUCAGUGCACCCGCGUUUAUCUCCUCCGACGGUCGCGACGACGCUGACUCGAGUGCCGGCUCGUCCAGUCCUUGAAAAUGUCGGUCAAGUGUAGCCAGUAG